CUAAGGAUCAGUUUCAUACCAACCUCGUGUUUGUGCGCUUGCAGUGUUAAGUAGUUGUGUUAGUGUUCCCGAGAGAGCAGCAGUGUCUUCAUAGAAUUGUGUUUGAGGGACAAUGAUCCAAGCUGGAGACCGUGGCGGAAACCCCGAGCGCCGCGGCGAGGAGGCAGUCGUGGAUUUCUAAAAAGAGGGACCGCUAGUGCUCCUGGUGGCGGCGUCCUCAAACACUGUUAUCAGCGCGGGCGGCGUAGUGGCGCGUGGCGGGGCGACGCUAGCGCCGCGCGCGGCGGGCAGACGCGACACCCCGCGCUCCGCUGCGCCGCUCAGUCCGCGCCGCGUCGUGUGACAGCGCCUUGCAGCUGCCGUCUGCCGCACGCAACCACCGAAGGCUUCCCGUGCUGGAGGAAGUGUGUCGUUAGUCGCCAAUUGAGCGUCGCGCUGCCCGCCGCAGAGACUGUGUGCGCCUGUCAGCUGUCAGGCUGUCGGCUGUCAGGCUGUCACUGUCCCCGCGUGGCCCCCGACAUCCAUUCCAGAGCACCCCGGGGAAACUGACCGGCUCGCAGGCCCUACAAGCGCGUGGCCAGCUGUGAUGCGGCCUCGCUGUCCAGCAGCAUGUCGUCCGAGCCGCCGCCCCAGCUGCUGCCCUCGCAGCGCCGCAAGUUCAGCUUCCCCGCGGCGCUGCACUCGAGCCUGCUAGGCGCCGCCCCCGCCCCCGGCCCCGGCCCCCAGCCCGCCCCCGAGCCCAGCAGCGCGCGGCGGCGCUUCAGCAACGUCAGCGACGCCGUGUCGCGCAAGCUGUCCAACACCAUCGGCUGGCGGUCCGCCGUGCCCGCGCAGGAGCUGGUCGAGCAGCAGGGCAAGCUGCUGUGCGCCCAGUACAUGCGCAACAGGCUGAAGCGUGCCGCCAUGCUGAGCCGCAAGUGCGGGCUGCAGCGCAUGCGCACCGCCGCCACGCUGCCCGGGGGCCACGUGGUGCGCGAGGUGUUCCCCGAGCUCGCCAGCAUCGGCCAGGAGCUGGAGCGCAUGCACCCCAAGGUGUACUCGGGCGUGACGCGGCAGGCGUCGGCGGCGCCCGUGCCGUGCUCCGACAAGACGGCCGGGCUGGUGCUGGCGGCGGUGGGGCGCGAGCUGCUCAAGGGGGACGUCACCUGGGGCAAGGUGGUGUCGCUGUUCGCCGUGGCGGGUGGCCUGGCGGUGGACAGCGUGCGCCAGGGCCGGCACGAGCACCUGCACGCCCUCGUCGACGUGUUCGGGGAGGUGGUGGAGGAGGAGCUGGCGCCCUGGCUCGUGGGCAACGGCGGCUGGACGGGACUCCUGGCACACUUCAAGCCCCCGUCCAACGAGGUGUCCGUCUCGUCGCUGGUGGGGCUGGUCGGGGCGUUCACCGCGACCCUGCUCGUCCUGGUCUUCCUGCUGCGCUGGUUCGGCAAGUUCGCCUUCAUCUAGGCCCGGCCCACCGACACCACUUCCUGUAUUUAUAUUUAUUGUGUGUAAAAUAGGUAAAUGUUGCAAGCUAUAAAUAAAUUUGAGUUUUGUUGUUAA